AUGACUGUAUCCGAAACAUCAGCUAUCCCUCACGGAUCAUGGGUCCUGGUUACGGGAGCGAAUAGCUUGGUUGGAUCCAAUGUGGCCGAUCGGCUGCUUAGUCGCGGGUACCGUGUGAGGGGAACCGUACGGAAUGCGCAGAGGCACCAAUGGCUCGGAGAUCAUUUCCGUCACAAGUAUGGAACUGACAGCUUUGAGCUGGUCCAAAUCCAAGACAUACAGCGUCCGGGUGCUUUUGACGAAGCGAUGAAAGGCAUGUCAGGAGUAGCACAUGUAGUAACCAUUUUUGCUGGUCCAAACGAUGGUCCAGAGGAGGUAUUCAAUUCCAUCAAACAAUUGGAUUACAAUAUUCUUGCCUCCGCGGCCGCUGAGCCCAGCGUGAAGCGCUUUGUCUACACCUCCUCCUGCCAAGCGGCUAACACAAUGAGCCUCGAUGAUCUGAAUGGCAAGACCGUGAUCACGUCAGAAACUUGGAAUGAAACUGCCAUACAACGAGCCAAAACGGGGUCUCCUGAGGAAUGGAGACGGGGAUUCGACAUAUACAGCGCAAGCAAGGCCUUGGGCGAGCAAGGAGUCUGGGAAUGGGUGAAAGAGCACAAGCCUGGGUUCGUGACAAAUACCGUUCUACCCUCGUUGUGCUACGGUGCCUCUCUCGAUCCACAACACCAAGGCUUUCCUUCCACACUACUAUGGCCAGCAGCUAUCAUCAAGAAUGAAUGGGCCUCAGUUUCUCAGCACGUGAACGCCACUGUCCCAGAUGGAGGGUACUGUGUGGGCAUUGAAGAUGUCGCACUUCUACAUGUCGCGGCUUUGACCAAUCCUACCGUCCAAAAUGAACGCCUGUUCGCGUAUGGCUGGCCGUUCUUCUGGAACGAUUUGGCUACCAUCUAUCGAGGAAUAUUUCCUAACCGCGAGUUGCCGACAGAUCUGCCUGCCCGGGAUAAGGACGCGGACUUGUUAGACGUUAGACCUUCGAAGCGGUCGGAAGAUCUACUGAAAGAGAUGGGCAAGCCUGGGUGGAGUAGUCUAAAGGAGAUUAUUGUGGCUAAUGCAUAUGGUCUGGUUUGA